UGUUCAAGUCAUCCCCUCUUUCUGCCCAGAAAAAAGGCUCCUCUCUCUCUCUCCCUCCUGUGUGCAUGGAAAUGCGUGUCCAACACAACUGCAAAAACGUUCUCUUCCUCCUCCAAUAAAUACUUCGCUUCUCAUCCUUCAGUGCCGGGGUUUUUGAGAUCCAGCAAAGUCUAGACAGUGUUAUAUAUAUACAGUGCUUCCAUCAGAUCCCUGCCGUCGAUAUGCUCAGAUCAUUAGCCAGAGAGUUCAAGUUUAUAGCUGAUGGUUUGCUUUGUAAACGUACGAGAUUCUAUUCAACCGGAGGCAGAGGAAGCAGGCUAGAAGGAAAAGUAGCUCUAAUAACAGGGGCCGCAAGCGGGCUUGGUAAGGCCACGGCCCAAGAAUUCAUCCAACAUGGGGCCCAAGUGAUCAUUGCUGAUAUUGACACUCAACUUGGCCCAAAAGUCGCCAAUGACCUGGGCUCCGCAGCCCACUUUGUUGAAUGUGACGUGGCCGUCGAGUCCCAAGUAGCAGAAGCCGUAAACGUCGCCGUGUCCCGCCAUGGAAGACUCGACAUAAUGUACAACAAUGCCGGAAUAGCUGGGUCAAUGAUCCCACCGAGCAUUGUGGACCUUGACCUCGCCGAGUUUGAUCGGGUCAUGCAGAUCAAUGUCCGAGGUGUGAUAGCCGGGAUAAAGCAUGCCGCCCGAGUGAUGAUACCUGUGGGCUCAGGCUCCAUUCUAUGUACAUCUAGCAUAAGUGGGCUAAUGGGGGGGCUUGGGCCGCAUCCAUACACAAUAUCCAAACAUACAAUAGCUGGGAUUGUGAAGUUCGUGGCCAGCGAGCUAUGCCGAACUGGGGUCAGGAUAAAUUGCAUUUCACCAGCACCAAUUCCUACGCCAAUGGCUGUGGGCCAAAUAGCCAAAAUUUACCCAGGUGCAACAGAGGAGCAAGUGAUUGGAAUUGUGGAUGGUCUUGGGGAGCUCAUGGGGGCAAAGUGUGAAGAUAUAGAUGUGGCCCGGGCUGCCUUGUAUUUGGCAUCAGACGAGGCCAAGUAUGUAACAGGCCAUAACCUAGUUGUGGAUGGAGGGUUCACCUGCUUUAAAACUCUAGGCUUCCCUUCUCCUGACCAGAUUGUCUAACAUUGCAGAAUCGUGUAAUAUUGCCAUUCUGGCGGCACGUCUCUGCUCUUUUUUCCUUCUUUGGAGCAUGUAUUGUUAUCGGCUUAAUUUUCAUUCUUUGUGACUUUGGUGGACUCGAUGUCCAUUGCUACAUGAUUACAUGAACUUUGUGAAA